AUGGACGAAGCUAAUGCCGACUCACGCCCACGGCGCGGAGCGGGUCGUACGACACGCUCCUCGGUCAAUCCUUCACGGCGUAAUAUUUCUCAUAGAUUAGAUGAAAGUAAAUUCUUUUCUGGUGAAGAAGAAGAGGAAGAGGAGGAGGAAGAAGAAGAGAUUGAAGAAGAAGAGGAAGAGAUCAUGAACGAGGCGGAUGAAGCCGAGCUGGAUGCUAUCAAUGCUGCUUACCACAUAUCGCCUACGGCUCGAGAGCUACAUACCUUAGAAAGGGGUACACUUGUACGGAUAUCCAAGACACCCGAUGUGGAGCAGCGUGUUCCCCACACAGCUUAUAAGCUAGGCGUAGUGGAGGAAGUUCCUCAGCAUCCUAAUACAUGGUUUAAAGUUCGCAUUCGAGACGGAGAUGUGGUAUACAAGUACCGACCAUCAGCGUUGGAAGUAUUGGAGGAUGGGGAUGAUACCAGUAGUCCUGGAGCGUCACCACUUCAUAGUCCAGUGAAUGAGACUAAUCUUCAUGACGACGCUGAGGCCGAGAUUGAAGAUGAACCUGAACAUAAAGAAGAAAACGAAGGAGGUUAUUUGAAGCCAGGAGCUCGAGUGAAGCUGAAGCUUGGUGCUUUAAACGCAGCUGAGAAGCGGUAUCUAAAGAACUAUGAUGGCAGAGAGGGCGUGGUCACUGGGCGUGGGAAAGCGAGUAUCAAAGUGCUGAUUGAUGGUGAUGAAGACAUAACGUUAAAAGUGCGUCAGAAUCAUUUGGUGGUGAUGUUGGACGAGCAGAUUGAAGAGGAUGAGGACGAGAGGGAAACUCACGAAGAGGUUGAGGAAGAAAAGAGGCCUUCCAUGGUGUCCAAAAAGAAAAGGGGAAAGGGAAAAUUAUUGUCUACGCUCGAUCCAGACAUGUGGAUAGAUCGUAGGUGCCGCAUUAAUGUGGGCAAGUUUAAAGGGCAGCAUGGACGCGUGUUACGUUCAGGAAAUGGUUGGGUUCAAUUAAGACUUGAAAACUCGAGCGAAAAUACUGCCAAGCGUGCGUACGAACUCACACUUCUUGAAGAUAUGCAGACCAUAAAAUUGUUGCAUGCUAAGACGCUUGAAAAAGAACGUAAGCGUCGGACCGAAAGUCGAGCCAAUAAAAUUAAUCAUGGAGAAGACGAUGGAGAUGAAGAAGAGGAGGACGAUGAAGCGAGUCAAAGCGGUAUAGAAGACCUGCUCACCCCUGAGUUGUCAGAUGAUUCCCAGGGUGAAGAUGGCAGUAAACGCUUACGUCGGGUGUCAACACGUGGGAAUUAUGGCAUUUCGUGGAUCGAAAAAAAGGUUAAUCUGCCGAAUCGAAAAGGUUUUGGUAUCGUAAAGAAGGCAGAUCGUGAUACGUGUACUGUGGAAAUUCAAACUACUAAAGUGCUGCAAGUGUUUAAGAAAAAGGAUCUACAGCUUGCAGGUGAUAGCCAUGCAAAAACUGCUCGACAGAAUAGCCGCAAUCGCAACAAUGCAAAGGCUCGUGAAAAACUUGGUCUAAGGGAUGACGUUGUGCUUAUGGGAACGACUCCAUCACGAUACGUUUCAUUUCAGGAUCUCGUUAAGCGCUUUGCUAUGCGACGGCGUGAAAAGCUUAAAAAGCGCCCAAACUUAAUCGAGUGGGAGGCACGCUUAAACCUGAAUUAUUUAGAAAACGGAUUUCGCGAUCGAAACGAUCCUUCAGUAAUUGAUCUUGCUGUGGUCCCUCAGUGCGAAAUAUGUGGUAUGGAGAAAGAGAAAGACGAUGGCCACUGCUGGAACAAUGAAUGUCCAAGAUGUCCAGCCUUCGAUGUGGACUCAUUUGAACCAAAAGGUGAUAAUGCUCUUAUGCGACUUCCAAUCGUGCCUUUUCGCAAUGACAGCAUGACCAUUUCGUUAAGUUUGCGAAAGGAGGACCAUUCGCGAAAACGCAAACGUCGAUCUCUAGAUACAAAUCCAAACGAAACAAGUGAAUUGAAGCUGGAGCAUUUCUCUCAUUCUACGUCAGAGUCUAAAGAAAACAAAAAAGAAGCACCCAGGUCGAGAAAGAUCCGCACUGUAAGCAACGACAUGGAAACUGAGAAAGUAUCUCAAGCAACUCCAAGUAACCAAAAUGACGAAAAUCAAAGUGAAGCCGUAGUGAAAGAAUCCAAGAUGGACGUGGCCGUCCUUUCGACCGAAAUGUCGAGAUCGGAGGAAUCCUCGCCGGCAAAUACCUACCGUCCUCGCUAUGACAGCAUCUUCUUGCGAUAG